UUCAGACAAAAAUGAAUUUAUUGUUUGCUCUGAUUGCUUCAGUAACCAUAUCAAUGGCAGCAGGUCUCUGCUGUCCCUGGCACCCAACAGAGGAUAUAAAAUGUGCGUGUGAUGACGGAGAACUAGUUCACCCCUGGGAAUGCUGCAGUGUGGGGGACUGUAAUGUAUUCUGCUGCAAUUGUGAUGGAGAAUGCAGGAAGAAUACGACUGGACUUGAUGAGACUGCUGGGUUAUAUUCCGAGGAUGCAAUGAUUGAGCUGUAUGAGACUGAGGCUGCAGAGGACGAAGAGGAGGAUUGGGAUUUACUUUUCAACGCUGACCGGCUUACACCCACUGUACAGAUGCUGGGUAGAUCUAAGAGGCAAGUGGGAGGACUGAAAGGAACUAUCCUUAAAUUUAAAAUGUUGGAUGAAGAUGAUUCCUACAAUCUAGACCCUAUAGAGAUCUCAAAACUUUUCGGCGAUGUUGACGAAAUCACCUUGGCCCUGGCAAAGACCAUCUUGGACGAGUUGGACAUAGACAUGGAUGGGUUUCUUCAGCCUGGGGAGUUCGACAAGGGAGGACGCAACAUUCAUUUAUUUAUUUAUUCAGUUAUUUAUUUAUUCAUUUAGUCAUUUAUUCAUUUAUUCAUUUAUUCAU